AUGGUUAACUUGCAGCAACAAAGCUUCUUUGCAAAAAUUCUUGGCAACCUUUUCAGAACCCCCCUCACCGAAAAUUUAGCUGCACGCAAACUUGCGCCCAAGAUGGCAGGCAAGGACAGCCCUCUAGUAUGGAUUGACUGCGAGAUGACGGGUCUCAACCCGGACUCGGAGGAGAUUAUUGAAAUAUUCUGCCUCGUCACAGACGGUGACCUGAACCUCAAGGACGAAGAGGGCUGGGGAACGGUGGUGCACCAGACACAGGAACGGAUGGACAAGAUGGACGAGUGGUGCACUAAGCAGCACGGCGGCAGCGGGCUCACGGCGCGGGUUGUGGGCUCGACCACGACGCCCGAGCAGGCUGCCGACGGCCUGCUUGCCUACAUCAAAAAACACGUACCGAACGCCGGGGUGGCACUCCUGGCUGGCAGUAGCGUCCAUCACGACCGGGCGUUCCUGCGACGGGCGCCGUACAACCGCGUGACCGACCACCUGCACUACAGGAUCCUGGAUGUCAGUUCCAUCAAGGAGGCGGCCAAGAGGUGGGCGCCCAAGGUUGCCAAGAAGGUGCCGACGAAGAAGGGGACACAUCUCGCUAGAGAUGACAUUUUAGAGAGCAUCGAGGAGGCCAAGUAUUACCGGGAGGGGCUGUUUGCAAAGGCUUUGCAGGUGGAUGAGUUGGAAAAGAAAAUUGCAGACUCGGGUCUUCGCAAGAAGGUCACAGUAUUCCAGCAGCCUCACUACAGCGAGUCCUUUGUGACGAGCAUUCUCCUCUCCAUCCCUGAAGGAGCCGAUGGUGCCUUUUUGGUCAUUGGCGGUGACGGCCGCUACUACAACCCCGAGGUCAUCCAGCUCAUUGCCAAGAUCGGACUCGCAUAUGGCGUCAAGAAGCUCUUGAUCGGACAGAACGGCAUCCUUUCUACACCUGCUGCCAGCCAUGUCAUUCGCAAGAGGAAGGCCACUGGUGGUAUCCUGCUCACGGCUAGCCACAACCCUGGUGGCCCCAAGAACGACUUUGGAAUCAAGUACAACCUUGCCAAUGGUGGCCCGGCCCCUGAGUCCGUCACCAACAAGAUUUUCGAGACCACAAAGACUCUCACCUCGUACAAGAUUGCCUCCAUCCCGGACAUUGACAUCAGCAACAUCGGAACCAAGACCUAUGAAGGUCUUGAGGUUGAGGUUGUCGACAGCACCGAAGACUACACAGCCAUGCUCAAGGACAUUUUUGACUUUGACCUGAUCAAGAAGUUCUUUGCGAGCAACCCCGACUUCAAGGUACUUUUCGACGGUCUCUCUGGCGUCACCGGUCCGUACGGCAAGGCCAUCUUCCAGCAGGAGCUUGGGCUUGGAGCCGACAGCACUCAGAACUGCGAGCCUAGCCCGGACUUCAACAAUGGCCACCCCGACCCGAACUUGGUGUACGCCAAGUCGCUUGUCGACGUGGUUGAGGAGAAGAAGAUUCCCUUUGGUGCAGCUUCAGACGGCGAUGGUGACCGCAACAUGAUCUACGGCGCGGGCGCCUUCGUCUCACCCGGCGACAGCUUGGCCAUCAUUGCGCACCACGCAAAGCUGAUUCCUUACUUCAAGAAGAAUGGCGUCUAUGGUCUGGCACGCAGCAUGCCGACCAGCGGCGCGGUCGACCUGGUCGCCAAGAAACAGGGUCUCAACUGCUACGAGGUGCCGACGGGCUGGAAGUUCUUCUGCGCGCUCUUCGACGCCGACAAGCUGUCCAUCUGCGGUGAGGAGUCUUUCGGUACUGGAAGCAACCACAUCCGCGAGAAGGACGGUCUUUGGGCCAUCGUGGCCUGGCUCAACAUCAUUGCCGGUCUGGGCGUUGAGCACCCGGAUGUCACCCCCAGCAUCAAGCAGAUCCAGCUCGACUUCUGGAAGGAGUACGGCCGCACAUUCUUCACACGCUACGACUACGAGGAUGUCGACUCGGAGGGUGCAAACAAGCUCGUGAAGGCACUGCAGGAGAAGAUGGCCGACCCGAGCUUUGUCGGCAGCAAGAUUGGAGAGCGUACUGUCACGGAGGCGGGCGACUUUUCAUACACGGACCUAGAUGGCUCCGUGUCCAAGAACCAGGGCCUGUACGUGCGCUUCUCGUCGGGUAGUCGCAUUGUCGUCAGGCUGUCGGGUACAGGUUCCAGCGGCGCGACCAUCCGGCUGUAUAUUGAGCAGUACAGCGACGAUGCUUCGACGUAUGAGAAGGACGCGCAGGACUUCCUUGGUCCCGAGAUCAAGUUUGCGACUGAGCUUCUCCAGUUCAAGGAGUUUGUUGGCCGGGACGAGCCUGAUGUCAAGACUUAA